ACCUCCUGCCAGUGCUUCCCGGAACAGGCUCCAGGUUCACAUCUGUGCACAGAGCCAGCGGCCGUGAAAAGCUGCAGAGGGACCAUUCGCUAGUGCUAGUGCACAGAGCAGGUCCUUCCUUUUAGUAACUGGUGAGUAACUUUGAAAGUAUUCGAAAUGUCAAUUGACCUUUCCUAUGAGAACAUUACGAGGUGUAACAGCAUGUGCAGAUCAGUACUGACGACUUCUCGUCUCAGUUAAAGCAUCAUUCCGGCACUAUGCUAAUGCUACAUUAAAAGAGCAUGAUUCCCAAUCAUUUCUGAUUUACUAAUCAGCAAACUAAAGUCAAAGAGCCCUUUUAGCACCGGCUGCAGAUAUGAACACAUGCUGGUGGUUCCAGUGUCCACAGCAGCUCAGCAGCAUCCAGCCAGAUGCCUCCGCCGCAGACUCUGUACAUCAGAGACACGAAACCGCAAAAAGCACGAGACUGAGGCAACCGCCACCUCUUCAGAGCUGCCAGGGGAGCAGGAGACAGGAUUAACAGAGAGGGCGGAGCCUAAUUAUGGAAGACCAAUCGAGAAGGGCUAAGUCUGUUACGGGGGACCAAUUGGAGCAGGGGGUGGGGAAUGAUGCUAAGCACCAGAGUGAGAGAGAAGAGGGAAAGAGCAUCAGGGCAAGGGGGGGGGGGAGAGAGAGAGGAGAAGAGAGGAGUUUGUCAUGCACUCCACAGGCAGACAGAGACAGAUGAGGAGGCAGGAUGGCCACAAGUCAGAGCAGGGGACAGUGACGGAGGGACAGCGUGGGGGGGGGAGCAGCGCUCCAAAAGGCGUCAGGGACACGGGAGCCCGCCGCUCACCUCCUGGGGGACUAAAGCGCCACAGAUGGAUUUCGGAAGAGCACCAGACAGCGUGACAGACGACACCCCGGGCAACGACGAAUGAUGCAAGCCUGAGCCGACAUUCCACUUCUACCUGUACGGACUUCGGGACGCCCGUUCGGAAAGGCGACACGACGGUGACACGUUUACACACAGAUGUGUGGCUGGUCGGUCCUGCCUGGAUGUCACAGAGGCCACUCCUGGCUGACUGAGGAUUCGCCACCAAGGCUCCCGGCCAGGCAGCAGCAGGAGAGUCAAGGGUCUCUCCUUUGUUAGUGAGGAGUUGGUGGAGAAUCAGGACGAGCGGCACCCUCACCCGUGCGGGGACAUGCAGGCUGCUCCAGGCACUAAAAUUACAAAGCACACUGUCGCUGAACAUUUUUAACUCUGCCGCAAGGACUCCAUGCCUCUCAACCUCCUGCUGCUGAUGGGACGAGUCUGGAAUUGCGUUUUCUGGAAAGCUCCUGCCGGAUGUGGGGAUUCGGCGGCUCCCUAACCUGACGCACGCUGCACCUCUUUUCGUCACAAGCUCCCUGCAUCUUUGCAGGAGUCCCGUCCCCUGUCCUAAGUUCGACAAGGCAAACCCAGAUUGUCCAAGGCCACGUCACAGCGGUCGGCUGUAGGCACUGCAGGGAGCUUCUGAGGUUGAACAUCUCUCCUUUCUUUACUUGGAAAACAUGGCAAGUUCUGAAGCCAGCCCGUCCGGACUUCGACAAGCCGGGACAGGACCAUCUGCCCAAUCCUGAGGCGGCAGCGUUCUGGGGAGGGGGGAUAAUGUUCAUUCCUUCCGAUUCGGAGAGAGGAGCCACCAUGAACAACGUCACCGCGAGCGACGACACCGAGUCCUUGGGCGCUGGUGCCAAGCUGGAGAUGAAGUACCCGCUGAGCUUCCAAGUGGUGCUGACGGGCUUCCUCGUGCUGGAGAUGGUGCUGGGCCUCAGCAGCAAUCUGACUGUGCUGGUGCUAUACUGCGGCAAGUCCAGCCUGGUCAGUUCCGUCAGCAACGUGGUGACGGUCAACCUGCACGUGCUGGAUGUGCUCAUCUGUCUGGGCUGCAUCCCACUAACGGCCGUCCUGGUGCUGUUGCCACCGCCGGUGGCCUCCGGGGCGGCGCCGUUGUGCUGCUUCCAUGAGGCCUGCGUCUCCUUCGCCAGCGUGGCCACAGCCGCCAACGUGCUGGCCAUCACGCUGGACCGCUACGACAUCUCGGUGAAGCCGACCAACCGCAUGCUGAACAUGCGUAGGGCCGCGGCCCUGCUAGCCGCCGUCUGGGCCGCGUCUUCCUUCAGCUUCCUGGUGCCCUUCAUAGAGGUGGGCUUCCUAGGGGUGGAGCAUGCCGACCAGAACCGGACAACAGCAGACUGGUAUUACACCGAGCCGGGCCUCUACUACCACCUGCUGGCCCAGAUUCCCAUCUUCAGCUUCACCGCUGUGGCCAUGCUCGUCACCUACUCAAAGAUCAUGCAGGCGCUCAACAUCCGAAUCGGCGCCCGUUUCCAUGCCAGCCAGAAGAGGAAGGCAUGCGCGAGGAAGACGGUCGCUAUGACGAUGCGGCCAGACGCCACAGACGUCCCGCGCCGUCACCCCAUGCUGGGCAUGCGUGCGUCUGUCUCGGUGAUCAUUGCCCUGCGCCGGGUGGUCAAGAGGCACCGGGAGCGGCGCGAGCGGCAGAAGCGCCUCUUCCGCAUGUCCUUCCUCAUCGUUGCCACCUUCCUGCUGUGCUGGACACCCGUCACCGUGCUCAACGCUGUCAUCCUGAUCGCGGGCCCCGGUAACGUGAUGGUGCAGCUCCGCCUGAGCCUCUUGGUCCUGGCCUACGCCACCACCGUCUUCCAUCCGCUGCUCUAUGCCUUCACCCGGCAGAAGCUUCAGAAGGCCCUCAAGGGCAAGAUGAAGAAGCGGGUGGUCUCUGUGGUGGAGGUUGAGCCGCCACCCCCACCGAACGAUCCAGUCACCCACAACUCAUGGAUCGACCCGCAACGGAACAAGGCGGUGACUUUUCAGGAUGAACAGUAACCUUCACGCGCCCAUCCUCCGCAUCCCAGCUCACCCCUCCCCCCCACAGCGGAGCGAGACGGUGGGGGCAGCAGAAGAUAAACUGAAGAUGGGUGUGAGGAAGGGCCUGUCGUGGCCACUGGAAGCGGCAGAGGGGGGAGAGAUUGGAAGGUUAAGAUCAAAAGAAACUAAGUGAGGCAACAGAAAGGGGGGGGGGGGGCUCGCAAGCUGCGCAUCACAUACUGGGACCAGAGAACCGAUGCGAGACAGUCCACGUGAAGGGUGGUCGCAAGGCUCGAACCCAGCCACGAUCUGGAGAAGGGCCCGAGCAGAGCCAUUGCGACUAACUCGCCAACGUCUACUUCACUAGUUAAUUGCACUAAUCAUGAUUCCAGCCUGUUUGGAUGACGGGAUCGACUCCUCCAUACUGUCAAUGUCCACUGUGCUCUUAAAUAAACCUGAUCACUGCUACUCA